CAUACAGACCCAAAAUACAAGGAAUCAAAAUAAGUUCUUUUUCUUCUAGUUUUCUUCAACAUUUUUUCUUUUUUCAAAGUUCAGCCAAGGGCUUCUCUAUAUUUCCUGUUCUUCUUGUUAACUAAAGGUCUUCACAAGCCGUUGGCAGAAUCUCCAAAUCCUAGAAUAUCUACAGCUUAUGUUCUAACAAUGCCGACACCGUCUCAGCCGCAGUCAUCAAAUAAUACAGUUGUGAAGGCCGUGGCUGCCACAGCUGUAACUACUCUAGUUGUUGCCGUGAUUUUCUUUUUCCUGUUUAGAAAACACGUAAUUGCUCGACGCAAAAGGAAAAACAAAGAGAAUACAAGCUUUCGCAGAGAAGAAGCUGUGGUGACUCAUCAAGAGUUCAAGAACUUUGGAGGAAAUGUGAAGGGAUUGAUUGUCGAUGAAAAUGGGAGGGAUGUUCUUUAUCUGAGGAAACUAGAAGGAGGACAAGUUAAAGAUUCUUUUCCAAUGGUUAUACAAAAUCCUAGUUAUGAAGAAGAAAAAGAAAAGAGGGUGGAUUUUAUGGUUGAGAGACCAAGAAAAUCUAAACCUCAGGAAGUUCCAUUGCUCAGUGAGAAUUCUGAUGCAUUUCCUCUCGAAGUAGUGAAACCAGUAUUGCAAAUUCCAACUCCACUGCUGCCAAGGCAGCCUCUACCUCCACCAAUGAUUUUGGAGAAGCAAACUAAACCACCCCCUCCUCCAGCAAAGAAGAUUCCAGUACCACCUCCACUCCCGCUGCCGCUGCCGCCAUCUAUUCCAGCUAAAAUAAGUCCAGCACCGCCACCGCCACCUCCACCUAGGCCUCCUAAGGCAGUGGGUCCAGUGUCAUCAUUGAAACCCCCACAAGCUCCCAGAGCAAAAGCAAACAGCAAGAGCAGGUCAGAGGGUUCAAUGGGGGAGAGUUCGAGAGGAAGUGGUGCUGGCCAAAUGAAGCUGAAGCCACUGCACUGGGAUAAGGUUAUAGCUAAUGCUGACCAUUCAAUGGUCUGGGACAAGAUCGUCGAUGGAUCUUUCCGAUUCGAUGAUGAACUUAUGGAGAAUUUGUUUGGAUAUUCUGAUACCAACUUGAAAUCCCAUGAAAGAAGCAAUGUCCUGUCAACUUCAAGCAAGUCCAACUCUGCCCCACCAGCUCAAAUUUUCAUCCUGGAGCCACGAAAAUCACAGAACAUAGCUAUUGUGCUAAGAUCUCUUGCAGUCUCUCACAACGAAAUUCUGGAUGCCAUCUUUGAAGGCCAGGGGCUUGGUGCUGAUACCCUUGAGAAGCUCACCAAAAUGGCCCCAACCCAAGAGGAAGAAGCCAAAAUCCUCCAAUUCAAUGGCAACCCAACUAAACUUGCAGAUGCUGAAUCUUUCCUCUACCACAUCCUGAAAGCUGUGCCUUCAGCAUUCACCCGUUUCAAUGCAAUGCUUUUCAGAACAAACUAUGAUCCUGAUGUUCUUCACCUCAAGGAGUGCCUGCAUGCACUCGAAUUAGGCUGCAAGGAGCUAAGAACCGGUGGGCUUUUCUUAAAACUUCUUGAAGCCAUUCUCAAGGCCGGCAACCGCAUGAAUGCCGGCACUGCCAGAGGCAAUGCACAAGGUUUUAACCUCACUACUCUUCGGAAGCUCUCUGAUGUAAAAAGCACAGAGGGGAAGACUACUCUGCUUCACUUUGUUGUGGAACAAGUAGUUCGAUCAGAGGGUAGUCGUUGUCUGAUCAAUCAGAGUCCAAGCAUUAUUAGCACAACAAACUCAGAGAGCCUUACAGCAAAAGAGAGAGACAAAGAGUACCUCAUGCUAGGCUUACCAGCACUGGAAGGCCUAAACAUUGAAUUAUCAAAUGUAAAGAAAGCAGCUGCCAUAGAAUAUGACAAUUUCAUCAAUAUGUGCUCCAAUCUCACUGCCCGUGUCACAGAAAUUUGGCAGCUCAUGAGACACUGUGGCAAUGGUGAGAGAGGUGGGUUCAUGAGGAAAAUGAAGGAGUUUCUGGAGGAAUGUGAAGAGGAGCUUAGGGUGGUGAGAGAGGAGCAAACGCGGGUUAUGGAGAUUGUUAAGAAAACAACACAAUACUACCAAGCAGGAGCUUCCAAAGACAAUGGGGCACACCCACUUCAACUGUUUGUUAUUGUCAAGGACUUCCUCGACAUGGUUGAUCAAGCUUGUGCAGACAUUUCUCGAAAGAUACAGAAGAAGAAUGCCACAACACCUUCUCUGGGAUCAUCACCGCCACUUUCACCAUCAACAAAAACUUCAGUGAGAUUCCCAAACCUUCCCUCACAUUUCAUGUCAGAUAUGUCUAUGACAUCUUCCAGCGAAUCUGAUGAUGACUUCUGAAGAUGAUAAGCUACAACUAUGCAAAUAUUUGAUUAUUCAGAAGCAUACAACUGGGGAAAUAAUUUGAUAUGGAGUCAUCUGCCAUAUGAAAGGUAGAUAUAGAAAUAAUUUGACAUUCCUCUAGUAUCAAUUAGUGCAUA